AUGAAACUUUUCAAUCUGGAGCACACUCUUGUUUCUGUAUUGACAAGAGAUAUAUUAAUCAUAUAUCUACUUUCUAUUUAUGAAAUUGAUGUCAUCACUUCAACUAUGAGAAGGUUAUUUUCUACUUCUAUUGCAAAACUAUCGAUUUCAAAGGCUUCCUUCAAUGUUAGAUCAAUUAUCUCAAACGUCUCCCUCUACCAAGACUCUAUUAAAUCAAGAAAGUUAACUAAUGAAUUGGAACUGUUGAACUCGUUAAACAGUCUGUCUAGUAAUUAUAAUCGUUGUAAUGAAUUGAGUAAUAGUAUUUCUUUGGUUCAAGUCAAUCGUAAAAAAAUUGAAAACUUGAUCAAAUCUGAUAAAAAUAAUCUGAACUCAUACUUGGAUCAAUUGAAAUCAUUGAAAACAAAUUUCACUGAGUAUUCAAAUCAAUUGAAAUUACUUAAAUCUUCAAUUGACGAUUUUUGUUCUUCUUUACCAAAUUUAAUACAUGAAACUACUCCGAUUUCAAACCCUCAGAUAGUACAUUGGAUAAAUCCAAAGGAUAACUAUACCAAUGAUCCAGAUAGAGACCAUGUCAAGAUUAUGGUCGAUAAAGGUUUGAUCGAUUUUAAAACUGCUUCAGCCAUCUCUGGGAACUCUUGGUAUUAUCUAUUGGGCAGAGGUGCUCAACUAGAACAUGCACUAGUUUCCUUUGCUAUUGAACAAGCCAUGGCAAAUGGCUUCGAAUUGUGUUUCCCACCGACUAUUGCUAGGAAUGAAGUCAUCGAUGCUUGUGGGUUUAGACCAAGAGAUAUGAAUAACGAACAACAGAUAUAUCAUAUUGAAGAUAUGCAAAGCGGAUUGAUAGCAACUGCAGAAAUCACCUUGGCAGGUUUGGGAAUCAACAAAGUCCUGGACUUGACUAAGGGUCCAAAGAAAUUAGUUGGAGUCUCUAGAAGUUUUAGGGCUGAAGCUGGUGCAAGAGGUCGUGACACUAAAGGUCUAUACAGAGUUCAUGAAUUUACAAAAGUUGAAUUGUUCUGUUGGGCAAAACCAGCGGAUAGUGAACGUUUAUUAGAAGAUUUGAAGAAUUUCCAGGUUGAUCUGGUCACAUCAUUGGGAUUAUCUGCUAAAUUGUUAAACAUGCCUGCAAACGAUUUAGGUGCCCCAGCCUACAAAAAAUAUGACAUCGAAGCUUGGAUGCCAGGUAGAGGAAGCUUUGGUGAAAUUACUUCAACCUCAAAUUGCACAGACUUCCAAAGCAGAAGAAUGAAUACAAAGUAUAAAAAUGACACAACAAAUUCGUUGGAAUACGUUCAUACUUUAAAUGGUACAGCAAUGGCAAUCCCAAGAAUAAUACUUGCCAUCGUAGAAAAUUUCUACAACCCUGAUACCAAUUUAAUUGAAGUACCAAAAGUUUUACAAAAAUAUAUGGGUGGAAUCUCCCAAAUAUAA